UCACAAGGUCCAUUCCAGAUGUCUCUCACUGUGCGCCAUGGUUUAAUGCUGGGAACAUGGUGGAAAAUCUCUGCGCGUGAGUUCUCCACAGUGCGCCAGGAAACAUUGGCAGCAAAGGUUGCAAAAUAUGCCGCCAAGAGGCCAAACCCGGUGAACAUUCAAAGUUGGAUGAGCGAAUUCGGGCAACCGAAGCAAUUGGCAGAGUUUUUGUGCCAUGAAAUGCCCAUCCGGUAUGCUGAACGAAUCCGGUGCAUUGAAACAAUCUCUGAGUGGAGACACGUGGAGGAACUCGCUGCCGUGCACGACAUCCAACUGAAUGCGUUUGAAACAUUUUCUCAACAGCAAAGGACUCAGUGGGAGGAUGCUUCACAGUUCAAGGCGAUGGUAGAGGAUGUGCAGUUGGAAGACAGACGAACCAAGUUUUUGCUGAUGCAGGCAGCUCAAAAGCUGCGGGCUCAACGCCAGAGCGACAGCUUUACUGACCCAUUUUCUCUCGAACUGAACAAGUUCUUAGAUGAUUUUCUCUUAAGCCGCUUGGGUUGCAACAUGCUCAUGGGUCAAUACCUGGCAUGCACUACCUCACGGUCCAGCAUAGUAAACCCACAGUGUGACGCCUUCGAAAUUUGUCAGAAGGCUGCGGACGAGGUGAAACGAAGGUGCCGCAAUUCUCAAGGCCGUGUGCCUUUGUUGAAUGUUCGGGCCUUUACGAUGUCUGGGCAAAUGGCAACUGAAGGCCACGUGCCACGCUUCUCUUACAUUCCAGGUAUUCUCAUGCACGUGGUGCGGGAGUUGCUGAAAAAUAGUUGUCAGGCAAGUCUGGAACUGGCCAAGUCAGAGGCUGAACUUGAGGAUAUGCCCAUUGAUGUCAUUGUCUGCGCCGACAAGCAACAUGUGGUGAUUCGAAUCACUGACUGUGCUCGGGGAAUUCCCAGACAUGUUGGAAGCAAGAUUUGGUCGUAUCUCUACAGCGGCAGCCCAACGGCGAUGACUGGACUAAGCUUCGGAUAUGGCAUUGGAUUGCCGCUGUCGCGACUGCAUGCGAGAUAUUUGGGCGGCUCUCUUGACCUUGUGUCCCUCCCAGGGUAUGGGGUCGAUGCAUAUCUGAGCCUACCCCGGGUCGAGACUGAUCUCGUGGAAACGAUCCCUGACAAUGUGGAGCAGGAUGCAACAGAAGUUUCGCAGCAGAUCAAUUUGCUCACUUUGUGAAGUGUCAACCACGAAGAUGAUCCGAUUGUAAGCGGAAUACCGAGAACACAUUUGGCAUUGGAUUAGGUUUGAUAGAUGUACAUAGAGAGCUCAGGCAGUGGCUCGCUCUUAAUCGGACUGAAGCCAAUGUGCCCAGC